ACAAAUUCUCCCAGAGUUCCCCCAGAACACCAAACCCCUAUAGCUCACAGGAGUAAUUUGCUAAUUUGGUUUCCAUUCCUUUCCUGUCUCACUUUCCCACGUCGUACCUGCCAAAUAAAUUGCUUGCUCUGACAUCCUUCUCUGAAGUUCUGCUUCUGGGGCAAACCACCUGAGACAAAGUCCUUGCUUUAGCGGAUAUUAUAGCCAGAGCGCUUACUCGCUACAUUUUCUUUCAAUAACUUAACAACUUCUGCUCGGCCGCUUAGUGGCCUCGCCCCUUCCUCACGGCUCCGCCCCCUCCCUGAGGUCACGCCCCUUCCGCAGGUCGCCGCAGACCGUUCCAGAGAAGACCGAGUCUCUUCACUCCUGAAUCCCGCCCAGAAAGUUUUUCUGGGCGUACGGAAAUUCCUCCUAGGAGAUGGCCUCGCCCUUUAAACGUAAAGUAAGCAUAAACGUGCGCGGCCAUCUUACUUCCCCGCCUUGGCUGGUGGAGGACAAAGAAAGCUCAGCCUCGGCGUCAAGGCGCCGCCAUACUGGUCACAGGAGGUUUGAGUUUUUGAGCUGCUGAGUAAGAGCAGCGGCAACGUCGGGGUUCAGGGGCCCACGGACACUUGGUCCUCCCUGCCCUAAGAUAGCCCAGUCCUCUGGUCUAGCAAAGGCCCAGUCAUUCACUGUACGGCACAGUUUUAAACAUGGCCGCCUCCACCAACAGAUGAUCAACGUGUGAGGCCGUCACACCGUUCAUUAAAACUUAAAAAAAAAAAAAACCCGAAGUCCUAUUCUCUGGAAGGCUAUGAAGUGGGCCGUGGCGGUCGACACCCUCAAAGGCCGGAUGGGCACAGCUGAUACGACGGUUCUUUCUGGCAAGGGUAACGACGUACCCAUCUGACAGCAUCCGGGAGUGAGCCUGGUUUCUGGAAAUCUGUUCUGACUCCAUGGCCGUUGGGAUGGAUGUGACCUUGCCUGUGGUUAGAAAACAAAGAGUUUACUGAAGGCUGGAACGUCCCAAGUGCGUGGAUCGGAACAGAGGCUUCGCCUGAUUCACAGGAGAACCCAAGAUUGGCACGUUGGAGAGCAGGGCUCUUGCUCACAGACUGUCUCAGCUCUUUUUCCAAGAAUAGCAGAAAAUGAUUGAAUACCAGGCAUUCAGGCAGUUUCCAAACUUGAUAUUACAACAGUGAUACAAGGAAUAUUUUUUGCUGGAAUGCAGAUAUACAAAGUAGAGCACCUGAGAGAGUCAUGAACUGGUUUUCCUGGCAGCCCAGCAAAAAGCCAGACACAGUUAGUCCAUGCUUCGCACUGUCUGUGAGGAAGAGGCUUGUUGUCAUCUCCAGGGGAAGACUAGCUUUUCAGGUACUUCCUUCUGAAGACGUUUCCCUGCGGGGCCUUCAUGUGGCUGAUAUCAACCUAGCUGUCAGUUUGUAUUUGAAGCGUAUCUCUUGUGUGCAGAGUAUAGGUGGGUCUUGCUUUUUUAUCCGGUCUGACAGCCUCUGACUUUUAGGGAUAUUUAGUCUUCACGUUAAAAUACGUGUAGUGUAAUUAUUGGUAGGGGCAAAUUUGUGUCUCUCGUUUUAGUAUCUACUUUCUGUUUGUCCCAUUGGUUUUUAUUCCUCUAUUCCUUCUUUUUUGUGUACGUUUGUGUGGAUUAACUGAAUUUUUUUUUUUUUUAACUCUUUAUACUUUAUUUUAGGAACAACUCUUUGCCAUGUUAUUUAGUCGUAACUCUGUGGAUACAAUAUAUAUCCUCGACUUUUCACAGUAAGCUUAGAGUUACCACUGUAUGACUUCAUGGAAAAUGUAAGAAACUCAUCAUGUACAUUCUAGAAUGUGCUUUCCACACACCUGUCUCCCUUGAUAGACUCCCAGUUACCUUAAAGCCCAUCCUUGUAUCACUCACAAGCCUCUGCAUACUCUUCUCCUGUCACUCUGAGUGACUUCCUGCCCUUAAAAUCACGUUUCUGCCUCCAUGCCUUACUUCCUGCUGCUCCUCUUGCAAGGAAAGCUCUUUCCCCAGCUUCUGGCAGAAAAGACUCAGCUCCCUGCAUCCCUAAGCUUGGAAGCCAGACGAGACCCUGAGCAAUUUAGCGGCUCAUUUACCUCUUUCUGCAUGCCGUAGCUGGAUGUCCUGCCAUCACAGUUGUUAUGACACCUGUCACCCUGAUGGCUUUACGUGUUGCUCUCCCUGUUCCAGGUGCGAGCUCCUUGAGGUCAGGAGCCAUCUGAGACUGUGUCCUCAGCAGCCAGCACUGGGCCAGACACACAGUGGGUCUCCACUUCCACAGAAAUUGGUGUCAUUUAAGGAUGUGGUCGUGGGCUUUACCCAAGAGGAGUGGCAACGCCUGAAUCCUGCGCAGAGGGCCCUGUACCGGGAUGUGAUGCUGGAGACCUAUAGCAACCUCGUCUCAGUGGGUUAUGAAGGCACCAAACCAGAUGUGAUACUCAAACUGGAGCGGGAAGAAGCGCCGUGGAUUUCUGAGGUGGCGUGCCCAGGUUGCCACUGUCGGGAAGACUCCUGGGAAGUUAAUGUCCACAGGAAAAGACAUCAAGACCUACCUUUGAGGCAAGGUACAUUCAUCAGCAAGAAAACAUUGCCCAAGGAAAGAAGCCAUGGAUGUAAUAAGUUUGGGAAAAUAUCUCUUCUGAGGGCUGAACUUUUUCCUUCAAUUCAGAGCUCCAGUAACUGGGAUCCAUGUGGAAAGAGCUUGAAGCAUAAUUUAAAUUUGAUUGGUUUUAAGAAAAACUGUUCAAAAAAGCAAGAUGAAUGUUACAGAUAUGGGAAGUUGUUACAGUUUAUGAAUCAUGACAGGAGACCUCAUGGAGAAAAACCCUGGGAAUGCAGUCAGUGUGAGAAAGUUUUCAGCCAUAACUCAGCACUUAUGUCUAAACCAUCAGUAACCAAUUCUCUUAUGUAUAAACGGAAGAGGAUUCUACCUAUAAAGAAACCCCACGUCUGUAGUGAGUGCGGGAAAGCCUUUUGCUAUAAGUCUGAAUUCAUUAGGCACCAGAGAAGUCACACUGGGGAGAAGCCAUAUGGAUGCACUGACUGUGGGAAAGCCUUUUCACAUAAGUCAACCCUCAUUAAACACCAGAGAAUUCACACUGGGGUAAGACCCUUUGAAUGUUUCUUCUGUGGGAAAGCCUUUACCCAAAAGUCACACCGCACAGAACAUCAGAGGACACAUACAGGAGAGAGACCCUUUGUGUGCAGUGAAUGUGGGAAGUCAUUUGGUGAGAAAUCGUACCUCAAUGUACAUCGAAAAAUGCACACUGGAGAAAAACCCUAUCGUUGCAGAGAAUGUGGGAAGUCCUUUAGCCAAAAGUCAUGUCUCAAUAAACACUGGAGAACUCAUACGGGAGAAAAACCCUAUGGGUGCAAUGAGUGUGGCAAAGCUUUCUACCAGAAAACAAACCUGAGUAGACAUCAGAAAAUUCAUGCUAGGAACAAUGCCUACAGGAAUGAAAACCUAAUAAUUGUGGGAAAGCCUUGAGCAAGAUACCCAGUUUCAUUAUGUCAUGAAAUUCAUCCUUAGGAGAAAUUUUAGGACCUUAAUGAAUUUGGGCAAAGUGUUAUGCCAUAACAGAACUCAUGCUCCAAUUAUGAUACAGACUUUUAUAGAAAAUACUUUAUAAACCAUAGAAAUGGUCACCCUGGCUUAUGAAAAUUCAAAAAUGUAUUAAUUGGAAGGACAACAAAAUACAAAAUGUAUGUGAAGAGACUUAGAGGUGUCUUAUGGUACAUUCUUCAAUGAGCCACUUAAUAAGUAUUAUUUGUAUUUUGGAAUUAUAAAUGAAUUUAACAUAAAUUUUGAAUAUCAAACACAUAUACCAUAUUGUACAUAGAAUGCCAUCGACCAAGGUUUUCUACACUCUAGAUACCACCAUUGUCUUUUGGUGUCAUAAAUAUACAAAAACCAACAUUAGUAAUUUAAAUAACAUGGUCAGCUAUUUUAAAAUAACUUUAACAUACCGUAUACCUACAUUUUCUCCGUCUUUUCAUAAUAAAUGUUAGUGGGUAUAGCAGUUGUUACUGAGCCCUUUCUUAAGUAAUAAAUCAAUGUUUUAUUAUAAACCUAUUAACUCAGCAAAACACUUUAUUAAAAACAUAGUUAUUUAUGUUGAAAAUGCAAAGUUAAGGAAUACUUUAACAACCUGAUGCUGGGAGAGCAAAAUACUGUAAACUUGAUUACUCAACACAUGCACUAUUUGACAAAAAGUAGUGUGACUGGUAUAUUGUGCACUAUUCCCGUUAGUCUUGCUUAAAAUAGCUUACGACAUGUUAAUAGAAGGGAUGCUCUUUUUAUGGGUCUUAGAUGGCUCUGUUUUUUUUGUGUGUGUUAUUAUUAUUUUUUAUAAUCCAGAAAUGUUUCAUGCAGAGACCUGUGAAGGAGAUUUUUUUUUUUCUUUUACCUUUUUCAAAUUAAUUCAGCAAUGUCCAUUUAUCUUCCUUAUAUUUCCUUGUGAACACCCUGGACACUAAAUCUCAACUUUCAAAAAAUCUCUCUGCUUCCCUGAACUGCUGUGUCAUCCAUACAAGAAAAGAAAUGGCUACUUGGAAACUACGUUGUUCAAAAUUUGUCUCCCUUUUAAAAAUGCCUGAUCCAGAAUGAGGAAGGAGCCAUAACCUCAGAUGUGGAAGUGAGUAAAAGAAUAAUAGAAGAUACCUCAUACAUCUCUAGACUAGCAUAUUUAAAACAAGAUACAGGUGGUUUUCUAGCAAGAUAUACGUUAUAGAAAUUGUAAUAUGAAGUAGAAAAAUUGGUAGGGCAGUUACCGUUGAAGAAUUCGGAAAAGUGAUUGAAGAUCUAUGACUGAAAAAUGUUCUAGGCCUAGCUACUUUCAUGAUUAGUUCUAUCCUCUCCAGAAGGAGUAAUUCCACUGCUACUUAAAAUAUUCAGUCCAUGAACUGUGCUCCCCAAUUUAUUUUAUGAAGUCAGAAUAAAUUUAACACUAAAACCUAGUGAAGAUAGUCGAAAAAUUGAAAACUCCAGACCAGUCUCAUUCAUGAAUACAGAAUCAAAAAUUAUAAUGAAAGUGACAGCAAAUAAUUUCAGCAGUAUACUUAAUGAAUGCUAUAUUGUGAUAACCGGAAUAACCAGAGUUAUUCCAAGAACCCAGCGCCAGUUCAGUAACAGGAAGUACAGGCAUCUCCAGGUUACAAACAAGAUCCAUUCCUAGGUAUGUCUUUAAGUCGAACGUAGGUGAGUCAGAACAGGUGCAUACAGCUCUUACUGAGCCUCGCUUCAGUGCAAGACGAGGUUUGAAGCCUUUUCAAUGAUGUGAAAGCUGCGUGUGCAGCAGGCGAAGGUGAUUGUAAUGAAGAAUUUGUUGUGAGUAGGGGUUGGUUAGAUCGUUUCAAAGUGAGGGCAAAUUUACGUAACAUUAAAGGGCAAGUACAAGUUGUCCGUAAGUCAGAUGAUCAGGUCUUACCGUAUAUCGAUAAAAUUAAUAGCUUAAAAGAAAACUCAUGUAAACUAUCAAUAGAUGCUGACAAGGCAUUUAAGAGAAUUUGCAGCCAUUUCUACUCUAAUGUAAAUUAAAUUGUAAUAGAUGGUAGCUAUUUAGAGUCCUGUUACCAAAAAAAAAAAAAAAGCCCAGGAAUUUAAUAGUAUUGGAAAUCAGGG